AAAAUGCAAGUUAUUCACAUGAACAAAGGCGAAGGGGAGACUAGUUAUGCCAAAAACUCGCUACUUCAGAAGAAGAUUAUAUCAGUUGGUAUUUCAAUGGUGGAUGCUGCUAUUACGAACAUCUUGUGGGAGAUACAGCCAACGAGCAUGGGGGUAGCAGACCUUGGCUGCUCAUCUGGACCCAACUCCUUGACCGUCAUCUCUCAGAUUAUCCAUGUGGUGGACACUGUCAGCCAUCAAAUGGGUCGCCCUGUACCCGAACUAAGGGUCUUCUUGAACGACCUCCUUGACAACGACUUCAACUCUGUGUUUCAGUCAUUGCCGCAACUUUACAAACAACUCAGUAAUGAUUGUAGUGGUAUUAAUGAAGGUAAUUGUUAUAUUUGUGGUUCGCCAGGUUCCUUUUAUGGCAGAUUGUUUCCCUCCCAAAGUCUUCACUUCGUCCAUUCUUCUUCCAGCCUCCACUGGCUCUCUCAGGUACCCUCGGGUUUGGAAGCCACUCAUUUGAACAAAGAGAAGUUAUACAUAUCGAAAAGUAGUCCCGCGAGUGUAGUGGAGGCAUACCAACAACAGUUUCAGAAGGAUUUCUCGUUGUUUUUGAGGUCACGAGCCCAUGAAAUGGUGGUUAAGGGGCGUAUGGUUUUGUCAUUUCUGGGUCGACGCUCCCCUGACCCUUCUGUAGACGAAGCUUGCUACCACUGGGAACUUUUGGCUCGUGCUCUAAUGAGUUUGGCUUUAGACGGACUCGUUGAAAAGGAAAGCAUUGAUUCGUUUAACGCCCCUUAUUACGCACCAAGCCAAGAAGAAGUGGAACAUGAGGUCGAGAAAGAAGGAUCAUUUGUAAUCCACUCUGUUGAAGCGUUUGAGAUAGCAUGGGAUGAUGGUGACUCCAGUGGUCUCAAGGAAUCAAGUGGCACUCGAGUGGCUAAGACCAUUCGAGCCGUGGUGGAGCUGAUGAUCGAGAAUCAUUUUCAUCUUCAUGCAGAAACGAUGGAUGUGCUGUUCAGGAGAUAUGCUAAAAUCGUCGACGAUUGCUUCUCUGAAACAAGACUCCAUUAUACUAAUCUGCUUAUUUAUCUAGUGAAAAAGGGCUGA